AUGUUGCUGAUAUUUAAAAUGCCCGUCAGCACACUUAACCAGUUUGUCCCUUUAAAUCUAGCCAUGGAACAACAAAAUUAUUUUAGCAGUCUACCAGAUGAGUUUCAUGACAACAUGCCUGGUUUCAGGUUGCUUUUCAACUCUGAUAAAAUGGAAUUUAAGAUCGAUGGAUCUGUAGGGGUUUUCAAGGGCGUAAAUUGCGAGACUGAUCUCCCUGUUAAUGUUAGUGAAGCUAAAAACUUUAUUAGUUCAUCUCAUUCAGACCAUAAUUAUUAUUUGACUACAGGUUUGUCCGAAUUUGUAAUGUGCUCUUUCUGUUGUAGUUGA